CCACCCGAUUCAAUGAAAAUCUUUUCCCAAUGGAUUCUAAGAAAGUUCGUGGAAAGGUUGAACUAGACCAUGUUAGACUGGCAAAGGAUUCAGUUUGAAAAGAUACGAGACGUAGGACAGAAGGACCUAUAACACGAUAGAAAUACAUGAUCAGACAGACAGACGGAUACACAGACAGAUAGAUAGAUAGAUAGACAGACAGACAGACAGACAGACAGACAGACAGACAGACAGACAGAUAGACAGACAGACAGACAGACAGACAGACAGACAGAUAGAUAGAUAGAUAGAUAGAUAGAUAGAUAGAUAGAUAGAUAGAUAGAUAGAUAGAUAGAUAGAUACGUACCUUUGAUGAACUCUUCUAUUUCUCCUACAGAUUCCUACCCUAGAACAAGUCUUCUCUUAGUCAACCCAUACCUACUGCACCACCAAUAACGUUAUUCUCGAGCAGUGGACACAGUGAACCUCAUGACUCUGAAAGUGAUUUAAAUCAGCGGCACUCAUGUCCAUUAAAAGAAUUCUCCGGAAGCUGAAGAAGACUCAUCGCCUGUUGACCAUUCCCAAGAAAACGGGCAAAGAUGUCCUGGAGACCUAACUCUAAGAGACAUGGGAUCCAGAGAUUUGCCUCGAGUACAAUGGUCACCAUGGAAGCAGGAGGCUGACCAGCAGUUGUAUGGAUUCAAAAAAAUUGACCAACAGUGCAUUUCGACUCAGGACAACCAACCAAAUCUGUUAACACUGUCCUGGAAGUGGUAAAUACGAGAGAGACACAAAUUGCGACACACUGGACAAAAACUAAUUCAUUGUACUAAAAAAAAAUGUCCAGAAGGAAAAGACGUACAGUCCAUCUCGUCUGAAACACGUUUUGUGCCUAGAACUCAAACAAAAUAUCUAAAUAGUCGCAAGAGGAUAUACUCAUUAGUGCCGUUACUUUCUUCUGUGGUUGCUCCAGGCGGCAGUCAAAGCUCGGUGACAUCCUUGUGAUAAGUUCUUUCUGUGGUUGCUCCAGGCGGCAGUCAAAGCUCGGUGACAUCCUUGUGAUAAGUUCUUUCUGUGGUUGCUACAGGCGGCAGUCAAAGCUCGGUGACAUCCUUGUGAUAAGUUCUUCCUGUGGUUGCUACAGGCGGCAGUCAAAGCUCGGUGACAUCCUUGUGAUAAGUUCUUUCUGUGGUUUCCAACGUCGUGUUGAUACAAACUCUAAGAGACAAGCGCAAUGGAUUACAUGGACAGCUUCACUGGGACAAACACAUCGGAGGUCCUGUACAAUGACACGGCUACCUUCGUCUUCCAGGACAACAUGACGAUAACUACAUGGGCUCCGAAUUCUACCACAGCCAUUCCGUCGACUUUCGAGAGGCUGAGUAAAGCUUAUCAGCAAAUCCAUGGCUACUUUGCCGUCUGCGUUUGCGUGUUCGGAAUCAUCUCUAACAUUCUGAAUAUCAUUGUGUUGACCAGGAGACACAUGAUCUCACCAACCAACAUGAUAUUGACAGCGCUGGCCAUCGCGGACAUUCUGACCAUGAGUACCUACGUGGUAAUGGCUACCUACUUGUAUAUUCUAAACGAGCCGAUCUUCACCAAACCACACUGUCACAGUAAACAAUGGGUCUACUUUCUGAUGUUCCACACCUUGUUUAUAAUCACCUGUCACAUGAUGGCCAUGUGGUUGACCGUGACCUUGGCCGUCUUCAGAUACAUCUUCGUCUGCCAGCACCAGAAGGCUAUGACCAUGUGCUCAAUGCAACGCGCCAAGAUAUCCGUCGGGAUAGUUUUCGUGGUCACCUUCGUGUCCUGCCUGCCCUACCUCUUCAUGUACAAAGCCAAACUGGUGGACGAGAGGCCAAACUGCUACGUUGUCGACCCUUCGGAUUUCGCCUCCAGCAACCCCAUGUACGGGAACUUCGUCAACUGGCUGUACGGUGUGGUCAUCAAGAUCCUGCCCUGCGUGGUCCUGGCCUACCUCUCCACCCUGCUCAUCAUCGCCAUGCAGAAGGCGAAAAAGAGGCGCGCCAGGCUGCUCAACAACAUCUCCCGCGUCCUGGAGCACGACACGGCCAGCGAGCACAACCGCACCACCAUGAUGCUGGUCGCUGUGGUCAUGUGCUUCAUAGUCACCGAGACGCCGCAGGGCCUCCUGGCCUGGAUCAGCGCCGUGGAGCGUAACUUCUUCGACGACGUCUACGUCCACCUCGGAGACCUGAUGGACAUCCUAGUCUUGAUCAACAGCGCGGUCAACUUCAUCCUCUACUGCAUUAUGUCUCAGCAGUUCAGGAACACGUUCAAGAGCCUGUUUGUGUCCAAACACCUGCCGCCUUUCUUUCGGAGGGUCAAGCACCAUACCAACGGGGGAGACUACAGUAUGGUACACACUGAGACAACCUUAGUUUGAGUCAUGGAGGAAUAGAACCCAAACUCUUUGACUCCAAGCGCAUGCCCUAAAGUGCUGCUUUGCACUUCCGGUCGAAGCGUAGAUUUAAAACUAAAAAAACAAAUCUGAAUGGAACAGUACGACUCAAACGUCUGUGGCCUAGCAGAAUAUGCUGAGGCUUGAAUCUCGCUUGUGACACAAAGUGAAGAGGAACCUUUUUUUUUUUUUGCUUUCCUAAUGAUCUACAAUUUCUCAGUGAACAUUGGCCUUAAUGGAAUUCUUCUCUGACUACAGUGGAAUUAUUCUGAGACUUCUAGCCUAUUCAUUCAAGAACACUGCAUUGUGUACUCUAAUCAAAUAGUCUACUAAUCUUAUGUAACACACAUACAGUGAAUACAUAGAACUUUUGAUAUUAUGUUGUUCAAUUUAGGAUAAUCAUUGUAUAGAAACUGCGUGUAUAGGCAGCACGUUCAGCACACACACACACGCACACAUACUAAUGAAGAAAGUGAUUUAAUAAUUAAAAGAAAAGGAGUGUGUAAUUUUGGACUAUUCGUAAUAAAAGACUAGUAAGUUUUGGCCCAUCUGACUAUAAAAUCAAACUUAUACAAAUCAACAUUAAAAAAUAAAAAAAAAACUGAUUGACAAAGUUUAGAACUGUUAAGAAACGGAAAGGUUCAACACGACGUAUUCAAAUCAUGUCUAACCAACUAUAUAACACAGUGAUGCCCAACCUAAUUUGACCCGCGGGCCAUUAUAAUUUCCAACACUGAUUUCGCGGGCCACAUGAACGAAAAUUUAUAAAAUGAAAUGAAAUUGUUCUGAAACUAUUUUGGUAGAAACCUAUGGAUUGACAUUAAAUUAAUAGGUUAGUUGACAAUUAUAUAUAUAUUUUUUACGAGUAAGACAAUACCUUCAUUUCUCUACUUAAAUGUGAGCAACACCGAGUCAUUUUGUGGUCUCUUUUUGAUAAAUAUUUCCAUGGAUCCUCCAAUAUCUAGGCAUAGUUUAACAUCUUUUAUUCGCGACUCAAACCAAGAAUGCCGCCAUAUUUAUUUUAUAAUGCCGUUUUUAUGUCGUUUUAUUAAACAGUCACACUUUCUUUACAAAAUAAAUAUUGUUACGAAUCUCCCUAUCCAGGCUCGCUGCAAAUGGCACCAAACGACACCACCAACUUAAAGAACUUGACAACUCUGGGCUUGAAAAUAACGUAAUAGUUUAAUGUCAAUAAAUAACAGCCAAACACUGUACAAUUGGCAGCACGUAACACAAGACUGUACAAAUAUCUCUCCGCUGUAUCAACUCUUGCACUGGUCUCUCUGUCUCGUCUCGGACUUGUACUGAGCCGUUGUAACGAACUGUAGAUCGGGAUGUUGUCACUCCUGGUCUCUGAUACCUUCGCUCUUUAUAUAGGGUCCCUGCUGGCCUUCUAGAACCGGACAGAACGUCGCUCGACCAUUCUGGGUGGUCAGAUGACUACAUCCCUCGUGACACUCCUGAGCUCGGUUCACGAUGUCGAUCCUUCCCGAACCAUCAUGUUGAUACUCGUCUCGGCCGAUCGUCGAAACUCGUCACGGUUGACCGCUCAUCUAGCGCUGGCCUGGGGCGAUUUGCGUCGGCUGACACACACCACCACCCCCAUCUGUGCCACCACCAGGUUUAUAACACUGCCCCCUCCUUAGAUCUGUCCGUCCCGGGCAGAUUCAGCUUCACCAUAGUACUUGUUGAGUCUGUCGAUGUGGACGACCUUCAGUUUGGACCUUGGGCUCUUCUGUAUUCGAUAUACAACAUCGUUUAUUCUUUUUAUCACUCGGUAGGGUCCUUCCCAGUCUUUUUGAAGCUUUGGGGACUUGCCUUUUCGUCUUUGUGGAUUGUAAAGCCACACCAGAUCGUUCUCCUGAAACCCAGCGGCAUUGGCCCGUUUGUCGUACCUUGUCUUCACCUGGUCACUGUUGAUCUUGAUGUUCCUGCGGGCAAGAGCGUGAGCUUUCUCCAUCCGUUUUCGGAGAUUUGCGACAUAGUCUGUCGAAGAGGCUGGCACAUCUCCCGGAAUCCCGAAUAGCAAAUCACAUGGUAGUUGCAGCUCUCGGCCGAACAACAUCUUUGCUGGAGUGUAACCAGUGGUGCUGUGAAUCGAUCCUCUAUAUGCCAUAAGGAACAUUGGUAUAUAGGUGUCCCAGUCAUCUUGACGAUCGUCGACGACUUUCGACAGGUGUUGUUCCAGUGUUCGGUUAAAUCGUUCUACCAUCCCGUCUGACUGGGGGUGAAGAGGGGUUGUGCGUGUCUUCUCGAUGCCGAGUACCUGGCACAUCUCUUGGAAGAUCUUGGAUUUGAAGUUUCGCUUAUUAUCAUGUUCCACAAAAAAAAAAGUAAAGAUCUGUUAACUUUUCCUGGUAGAUUCUACAUUCAGAGUCCCAUUUCAUAAACACAAAUGUUUAAGCUCAUGGUACCAAUCCAUGAGAGAAAAAGUGAGGGCCCAAACGUAGGUAAAGAUACAUUUUUUCAACUUUUUUUUUGUUUGGAAGGUAGAUUUCUACACAUAGUGCCGACGUUUCGGCGGGCCGGAUGUAACAACGUCGCGGGCCGGAUCUGGCCCGCGGGCCGGAUCUGGCCCGCGGGCCGUAGUUUGGGCAUCACUGAUAUAACACAAUCAAACAGGUUAUGACAUUAACAAGUUGAAGCGGUAAAGCGGUAAAGUGCAGAAUAUAGAAACACUUUAUAAUUCCGAGACUUAUUACCUGCGCUAAAAGAUCGACAUAUGAUUUGUAGGCUCUGCAAUGUAUCUAGAUCUAAAAUGUAUUAUUGAGAAGGGAAGAAAUAUUGAACUAAAAAAAAACCCAGAUAUUUAAAACUACUUAGAGUACAGAGUGUAGAAAAAAUGUUUUGAUAGAAAAGACUACCCAGAGUUUCUGCAGAGUGUAGACAAACUGUUUUGAUAGAAAGGACUACUGAGAUACAUCAGACAACAUAGUGUUAACAAAAAGUUAUCAAGACAGUUGGAAGAGGUCUCACGAAAAAGACAAAACAACCUUUAAAAAAAACGUCAUUCACACUAAAAAGCUCUUGGUCAAGAGACAGACUUCGUUCCAAGUUACCAAUCUAUGUUCUAUGUAAAACGACGAGGUGUGUCAGCAGUGACGUCAAUUUUAAUACAUUAUAUACAAAGGUGUGUCAGCAGUGACGUCAAUUUCAAUACAUUAUAUACAAAGGUAUGUCAGCAGUGACGUCAAUUUCAAUACAUUAUAUACAAAGGUGUGUCAGCAGUGACGUCAAUUUCAAUACAUUAUAUACAAAGGUGUGUCAGCAGUGACGUCAAUUUGAAUUUGACAGUUCCUCCCAUGCCACGUAAACAAUGAGACCGAAUGAAACACAUUCCCUAUGUUUCCCCAGAUCUCAAUGACAUCAAAACCUAACUUAGUUCAGAGUUAGUUACAAUCCGCAGACUCUUUACAGAACUAUUUGUAGUUAGAUCUUUCAGUGGCACGCUAUUCAAUCCCACUGCUAAACAAAAUAUUAAAAGCAAGAAAAAAAGCAGAAGAAUCGCCUGGCAAUGUCAAUUUAAUGCUAAUACUUAAAAGCAAUGCCACACACCACCUGAAAACCUGACGAUACAUGUCCGAUGAAUUAGGACAUAUGUUCAAGAUAAAACCCCCGCCCCCUCCCCCCAAAUUUACUCUCAAACACAUGCCAAGCUUUAGAUUGAUUGAAACGAUCAGGGCGAUGCAUCAUCUUCGCCCGAGCCUUGCCCAUCACUACGUAUAGUUUAAUGUGUAGGCAUUAAGUCACAAGAGAAAACAUUUGUUAAAACGUAGUUCUAAUGGAAUCCAAACAUGUACACAUUAGUUGCUCGUAGUCUUGAGGUUCUGAAGCAACAUUUGUGAACGUAGUGUCACAUAGUCAGUGCUGGACUCGAAGACAAAUACCGCUCUACAAGGAGAUGAACAAAAUCCUCAAAGCCCCUACUUUCGCAUUUGUAUUUCCUGUCCUCAUUUGCUGCUUGGGGGAGUUGGGGUCUGCACGAAGUCUAGUCAUUUAAGUCUAAUCAUUUCUCAUCAUGUUACUAAUUUUAUCUCAGAGAUCAAGUGACAGUGACUUGAGAGGCAUCAUAGGACACAACAUGUCAACGUCCUAGAUGUGUGUAUAGAGGCUUCAUGACGAUGCCUCUGUUCUCUCGGUUUCAAUUAGGACACUGACUUUGUCCAAUCCUCCUAUAAGUCAUUAGACCAUUAGUAAUAGAUCAAGACUAACAAUAAAAAAAGCAUUUAUAAAAAUUUAAAAAAGAGGAACGACCUAAAUUCGAACUCCUGGCACAAGCCUUCUCAGGCUUCUCAAGCCAACGCGGUAACCACUUUGGAGAGCCUAUGAACAUGGAAGAUUGUAGAGUUAUCUUUUGUUUCUAUAGUCUAGUCUUAUUUUUCAGGUUGUAUUCACUUAGACUCAGACGACGACCUAAAAAAAAAGGGACUAAUUUCAGCUUAUAUCACCACUUCAGUCAAGUACACAUUCUUUCCCUUGUUUGAGAUACCGAACAAAAUAAUUAAUUAUCAAUUAGCUAAUUGGUUAUUUUUUUGUAAUGAUUCUUGUGUUGUGCACAAUGUCAGCUUGAUCCGAGAUUUAGUGUUGGGGACAGACAGACAGACAGAGUGAGUUGAUAUAAGCUUUGUAAAAAGUAUCUUUACAUCUAGGUUUGAAUAGUCGUGUUUGAAUAGCCCUCUAAAAUCGUGUAUAAGAGGGGGUUUCGAUUACUAGAUACUAAUGGUAAAGAGUGAAACCCGAGUUCGAAUAGCCAUACGUUAGACAUAACAGGCUCCAUCGGGAAAUCAGUUUGUUCUAAUUAGGAAUAAAAUUGUCACCAAUGUAUAAACAAUGUUCUCUUGUACAUAAGGGUAUGAUGUCUAUAUUGAUUACACUAUGUGUGUCUAAGAUAUAAUGUUCUAUCUGGUGGUCUUCUUAUACUUGUAUUUAGAGACAGAAACGAGUAGAAUUGAAUCAGUCCAUUGUAUGGAGACAUAUUUCUCCAACUUUUUGUCAUUGUUUAUUUAUGUAUAUCUUAAAGGAAUUGUGGGACAUGCUGGUAUGUGUGUGCGUAGUACGUGUGUGUGAGAUAGAGAGAGAGAGAGAGAGAGAGAGAGAGACAGGACAUAUAAUGUAACAUGCUUCUAGCUGUAUGUAGACCUAACUUUAAAUCUGCUGUGAUAAAAGAGGCGGAGCCUCCACUAACUCUGUACAGAACGUUCGCCAUGUCCAGAUGUGUUGACGCCAAAUUCACCUGGACAUGUCUGUUGUCAUAAUAACCCUCACAAUAAAAACAUACUGUAUGCUACUCCAGA